GGUUCAACACCCGGGGGGUGCACACCCUUAGUAACCAAACAACUUUAACAACAAAAUUACAUAUUUAACCUUAAAGUCAUUUUCCUCUCAAUAUUCCUUUUUCUUCUUGUCUCUCCAUCUUCCUCUGCCGAAUUCUUCUCCUUCCCCGAGAUCUGCUUCACCCUUUCAUAUAUAUUUUUUUUUGGGGCUGCUUGGCAAUGACGAUGAUGAUGGUGGAUGGUGAUGGAGGUGGAGGUUGUGAUGAUGAUGAGAUGCAAGGAGAUGGUCUCUGGGUUCUCCCGAGAGAGAGAAAGAAAAAAAAAAGGGCCUGUGUUAUGGGUUCUGGGUUCUCCGAGACUGGGUUCUUCUCGGAGAACCCAUUUGGGUUCUUCCCGGAAAACGCAUCUGGGUUCUCCAAUGGGUUCUCGAGAGAACCCAGACCUGGGUUCUCUCGAGAACCCGAACGAACAAAAAAAAAAGAAAAAAAGAAAAAAGGAAAGGCUGGGUUCUCGGAGAACCCAAGGUUCUUCUCGGAGAACCCGUCUGGGUUCUCCGAUGGGUUGUCCAAAGAACCCAGACCUGGGUUCUCCGAGAAGUACCCAGGUCUGGGUUCUCCGAGAAGUACCCAGUGGUGUGUGCACCCUGGGUGUUUAACCGGGGGUGCAUGAAUCACGAUCCUAUAUAUAUAUAUAUAUAUAUAUAUGAAUGUUAGGGCCACAUUCAAGUUUCCAUAGCUAUCUGCAUCAAGCAACAAAAAUAAAAACUUUAGCAAUAAAAGAGUUGGCUUUUGUGUUUAUAGAAGAGGGGUUGCAAGCCUUAAUUCUCUCAUCGUUGUUUCUCAAUUCAUGGGUUUUUACAUCAAUGGUUAGUUCUCCAAGAAAAUAAAACAGAAAAGGAAUG